GCUCGGCCGCCCAGCUGCGCGUCUGCAGCGACGGAGGGGUCGUCGUGGGUGCCGCGGAGCGCGCGGAGGAGGAGGGGCCGCCCGCCGCGGGUAAAUUGGGAAGCUCACGAUGCUCCGAAGCAGAGGUGAUCGAGUCCCUGGGCAUCAUCAUCUACAAGGCCCUGGACUAUGGCCUGAAGGAGAACGAGGAGCGAGAGCUGAGCCCACCCCUGGAGCAGCUCAUCGAUCGCAUGGCCAACACGGCUGGGGCUGACGGCAGCCAUGACGAGGGCUACGGGGCAGCGGAGGAGGGUGCCGAGGAUGAGGGCCAGCGGCCUGGGGCCAUCUGUUCCUACCGCGAUGUCAUGAAGAUGUGUGCCGCUCAUCUUCCCGCUGAGUCGGAUGCUGCGAAGCAUUAUCAGGCCGUGUGCCGCGCGCUGUUUGCAGAGACCAUGGAACUGCACACGUUCUUGGCCAAGAUCAAGAGCGCCAAGGAGAACCUUAAGAGGAUCCAGGAAAUGGACCAGAGUGAUGAGUCCCGUGCUGACCUGGAAGAACUGAAGAAUGCGGACUGGGCGCGCUUCUGGGUCCAGGUGAUGAGGGACUUACGCCGUGGGGUGAAGCUGAAGAAGGUGCAGGAGCGGCAGUACAACCCGCUGCCCAUCGAGUACCAGCUCACGCCCUACGAAAUGCUGAUGGAGGACAUCCGCUGCCGGCGCUACAGCCUGCGCAGGGUGAUGGUGAACGGAGACAUUCCCCCGAGGCUGAAGAAGAGUGCCCAUGAGAUCAUCCUCGACUUCAUCCGGUCCCGACCACCUCUCAAUCCGGUCUCAGCCAGGAAGCUGAAGCCCACCCCGCCCCGGCCACGCAGCCUCCAUGAGAGGAUCUUGGAGGAGAUCAAGUCUGAAAGAAAGCUGCGGCCUGUCUCGCCCGAGGAGAUCCGCCGAAGCCGGCUCGCAGUGCGGCCUCUUAGUGUGUCUCACAGUUUUGACUUGUCAGAUGUGACCACACCAGAAUCUCCAAAGAGCCUUGGGGAGCCAUUGCAGGUGAAUGGGGGCUCGCUAUCACCAGCACAGCCGGGAAAGAGCAGGCUGAGCUCUCCUGGACUGGCGCCUGGAGCACGGAAGAGGCUGCUCAAGGCCCCAACGCUUGCUGAGCUGGACAGCUCUGACUCCGAGGAGGAAGCCCCGCGCAAGUCCAGCAGCAGCAGCAGCAGCAGCAGCAGCAGCGUGUCCCCCUCCCAGCCCGAGGACCCCAUCCUGGAGGCCGUGUGCAUGAGGAAGAAGCCUCCAAAAUUCCUGCCCAUAUCGUCCACGCCGCAGCCCGAGAGGCGGCAGCCACCCCAGAGACGCCACUCCAUUGAGAAGGAGACACCCACGAACGUACGGCAGUUCCUGCCCCCAUCCCGGCAGAGCUCCCGCUCUCUGGUUCCUAGGACAACUGGUGUAUGGCCAAGGACGCCUUUCCGACCACUUUUCUCUACCAUACACACAGCUUCUCUGCUCGGCUCCCACCCUCUGGAAGCGGCCGUGUUUGGGGUGGCAGGGGCUGUGUAUUAUCUGUGUGAGAGAGCUUUGGCCAGCAGGUGGAGACCCGCACAGGAGGAGUUCUGCUACCCCGUGGAGUGCCUCGCGCUCACGGUGGAGGAGGUGAUGCACAUCCGGCAGGUGCUGGUCAAGGCUGAGCUGGAGAAGUACCAGCAGUACAAGGACAUCUACACCGCCUUGAAGAAGGGAAAGCUCUGUUUCUGCUGCCGAACCCGGAGGUUCUCCUUCUUUGCCUGGUCAUACACCUGUCAGUUCUGCAAGAGGCCGGUGUGCUCGCAGUGCUGCAGGAAGAUGCGGCUGCCCUCCAAGCCGUACUCUGCACUCCCCAUCUUCUCCCUGGGACCCUCUGCCCUGCACCGAGGGGAUAGCAGUCCGGUGGAAAAGCCGCCAGUUGGCCACCAUCGGUCUCUGCGGAGCAUCGCCAGGUUCUCCUCGAAGUCCAGGUCUGUAGACAAGGCGGAGGAGGAGCUGCAGUUCCCUAAGGAGCUCGUGGAGGACUGGAGCGCCAUGGAGGUGUGUGUGGACUGCAAGAAGUUCAUCUCUGAGAUCAUCAGCUCCAGCCGGCGCAGCCUGGUGCUGGCCAGCAAGCGGGCCCGGCUGAAGCGCAAGACACAGUCCUUCCAGGUGUCCUCGCCGGGCACUGCAGAGUACUGUCCCUCGGAGCGGACCAUCAGCGAGAUCUGAGCCGUGCCUUCAGCACCUGUCUGCUUAGGAGGCUGGACCCUGCACUAGGUCCCACCCCGCACACUGCGUCAUCUCCAGGGGUGAUAAGGGACAGACUGGCUGGGGCAACAGUGGGGUGAGACUGGCUUUCACAUGUGGGGGUGGAGGCCAGAUUCUGUGGCCUGCGUGGGUUCCCUGUGGUCUCUUGCUGUGUCCCCAGCUAGGGUGUGAAGCUUCUUGGGUGACGAGGUGGCCCGCUGGUGCUGCCAGCAGCAUGCUGCAGCAGUGUCACCUUGACACCUCGAGCAAGUGUCCCCCGCACAUGUCCCUGCAAGGGCAGUGACACUGCCCAGCCCCAAGGGCGUCACACCAGGACUCUGCCUGCACGCUGGUGCAGAGCUGCUUUCCUGGCCAUAGCCUGUGUCCCCCAGCGGUGCGGGCCACGCCCUGCCCAGAAUGUAUUACCGCCACUAACAGUUUUAUGACGGAGCUCUCGAGGCUCUGUGGCCCUGUGGGGACCAGCUGAGUAUUCUGGGUGCCGAGGAUGCAGGGAAGGAGCCAAGCUCACGCAUCUACAGUGUGUUUUUCAUAACUUUAUAGUGCAACUUUCUCAACUAAAUUAAGCCACAAUUUAGUACCUAAAGUCUCAAACCGAAGUUUAUUUUUGUAAAUGAAUUUUAAAAGAAAAAGAUACCUAGCUGUUUGAAAAGUACAAGGAAAUUCCCCUGCACUUGGCAAGAUGUUUGGAUGCUCUGCUUUCUCUUGAGGGCGACUUAGGCAGAAGACUUGGUGUCCCCUGAAGGCCACCUCAGCACCGCACACGCGGAAGCUUACCUUGCGUGGCCCAGGCCUUCGCCCAUCUGUUACUCUGGUGUGCCUAGGGCUGACAACCGGGUCAGCGUGCACACGGCACUUCCCAACCUGCAAGCCCACCGGUGGCCACACUGGGCCCGGGCCCGCCACCCUCCCAGACAGGCCCAUGUCCACGUCAGUAACAGUCAUACCUCAGAACUGCUCCAGUAGUAGUUUUUAAUGGAUGGAAAUUUACAGUUUAGUAAAUGGCUUUAAACUACUUAAACUUAUGAAAUAAACUUGACAAAUUGACUAAAGCA